GAUGCGCUUCGAAGCCGCAUACAAUUUUAUGUGCCAAAACUACCGUUCUCGUCUCGAAUAAAGGAAAGAUGCAUCUUCCAGCUGUAUUGGGACUUGCACUGACCGUUUUAGUAAGCAACGCAGUAGCUGCUCAGACAGUUCACUACCUGCAACCGGAUGGCGUCGUUACGUACAAACCGGACCGUUCCAGUAUUUAUCGGCCUGGAUUGCGAACCUACUGCUAUCGGGGCCGGGAGAAGCACGCCGGCCAUCUGUUCGAAUCCAUUAUACUGCACUUCGAUUGUGACCAUGACGAUUUCAACCAGUACGAGGGUGGCACCCCGGAGGAAGUUCGUGCCCACCACGAAACGGAGCAGAGUUUGUUUUCGUUCAACCUACUGUCGAACAACAGGAAACGGGUGAUCAAACUGGACCCGUUCAAUCAGAGCUGCAUUGGCGUGGUAAGCAGUGAGGAGUACAGCGUGAGGUUAAAUCUAAUCCGGAUCGAUUUCUGGCGGGUUUUGUUGCUGGCGGCAGGGGUGUUCGUGUUUCUGUCGGCCGCUAGGUUGAGUGAAAAUGCGUUGUUCUACUAUAUCUGCGGAGUGGGGAUGGGCGUUUUCGCCAGCUUUCUGGUGGUGGUUUACAUGGCUAGUAAGCUCUUUCCACGGAAACCGAUGAUGUACGGCGUGAUGCUGGGUGGUUGGACGCUUGGAAUCUAUUUUGCCCAGCUGCUGUUUGACAAUGUGCGCUUAAUUUUCGUGACUUACCAGGUGUACGUGUUCUGGUAUAUUUUAACGACUGGGUUUAUCAGCUUCGUAAUUUGCUACCGAAUGGGACCGCCCAAGCAUCAGAGAAGUAGGGAUUUGAUCAAGUGGAGCUUACAGUUGGUUGCAUUGGCAGCGAUUUUCUUUUCGUCGGCCUAUCGGGAAGCGACAACCGGAUUGUGUAUUGCGAUAGCAAUUUUUUACUACUUUCCCAGAAGCGUUCUGCUUAAGGUGCGGGCCAUUUACAGACGACGAUUUCCGCCAAAGCAGCGACUGUUGAGCAACGAGGAAUACUAUGAACAGGGUGUGCGGGAAACGACGAAGGCUUUGGAAGAAUUGAGAGCCUACUGCAGCAGUCCGCAGUGUAAGCAGUGGAGUACGAUGUUGAAGUUGAAAGACCCAGCCCGAUUUGCCUCCUUCAUGGAAGGCUCAUCACAUUUGAUGGACGACGAAAUUCUCGAAUACGAAACAUCUAACGCUCACAUGGACAUAAGUGACGAUGAAGACGAAAAAGGUGACGAGCGGAGACAGGGAGGUAAUGAAGCGGAACUGGUGGAUGAUUCCGAGGAGGAAGAGGUUCCGCUGCCACGGAGAACCACUCCCUCACGGGAAGCAACUUAUCACAAGUUUGCAGCUCAGAAUGGACGCAGUUUACUGGCAAGUACACCAACCACAGCAGCGGCAUUGGCCUUAGCUGGGCGUAAUCGCAGCCGUAGCAGGCAAACUACGCCGACGGUUCGGCCGCUGCGCAACGAGGUCGAAUUGAGUGACGAUGAAGAUUGAUUGAAGGUUGUGUCCAUGUUUGCUAGAUGUACAUAAAACGAAGUGCUCGAUCUUUCACUAUGCACCACUUUGGGGAGGACCCAAUCAUUCGCUGCUCGUGACUAACAUCUGUGUAAUUUAAUACUUUUCAUACUCAAUGCUUUUUUAGAAAUGAUCUGCUCUUUCCUAGGGAAAUAACACAGCUCGAAUAUGGUUCUAAUGCUCAGUAGUUUCUGUAAAUCCGCUUAUCCUUCUAUAUGCUGAAUCUCACAACGUUUAAACUGCUCAACUGCCUUUUAGCGAUAAGCAUCAAUUAAUAGAAACACAAGCUAAGUAUACCUAUCACAAGGCGGUUUGUUAAACAUCGCUAACUUAAUU